UAAAAUAAAUAGAAAAAGUGCUAUAAAAAAGAAAUAAAAAUAAUAAUAUUCAUCAAAAAGUUGGAAAAAAAAGUUACACUUUUAAUAGAUUGAUCGAAUUUGUUUCCCCUCAUUAGCAUUCAAUGUAUUAAUGUUGACGACGGAUUGCUGAAAAUACGGUGCUUUAGGCGCGCAAUUAAUACAAAUGCAGAUACAACGACACAUGUGUAAACAAUGAAGAGUAUUAUUCGUUAUUUUUCUAGUUAUAAUGGAAUUAAUUUUAUUUAUGUGAUAUUAGCUUAUACAACCGUACUUAUUAGCUCAGCAACAUCAACACCACCCUCUUGUGGACUUUAUGGAGCACCACCAUGUCGCUUUUUACCAGCACCACCUGGUCAGACUCCUUCAUGUGCUCGACCAGGUAAAACCUACUGUGAGCACAUAGACAACUAUCCAGCAUAUCUUAUUAAACAUCUCGUGCAUAAAUGGGGUUAUGAGGCCAAAAAUUUAUUGGUAGAUGAGACGUGGGAUGAUUUUGCAACAGUUGCGUGGCAUGACACACCCGUAUUUUAUGAUCCAGCGUAUAUUUUCCCCCAGCACAAUAAUAAUGGUAAAGAUUUUAAUGGAUACAACUAUGAGACACCGCCGUAUGGAAGUAGGAAUGGCAAUACAAACUACAAUGAUGAUCCAUAUCAUUUCUCAAAGUCAUCAACUACUGAAGGUCCCACAUAUCUUUUGUACACAUCGUCAGCAGGUCAGCGUUUAAACUUUAAUAAAAAUCAAGUUUCAUCAUUUGGCAGCAGUACAAUGAAAUCCACGCCCAACAAUCCAACGUUGUGGCUAAAGCGAAUUGUACGUGAUUUAAGUAAAAAGUCAAUACCAAGUCAAGGUGGCAAACCACCUCUUAUAAUUGAUACCACCGACGAGACUGAAGAAGAAACUUCAACGAAAUCAGCAUCAUCAUCAUCAUCUCAGUCGACACGUGAUGUCUCUUUAAAUAUGGAUCUCUGGGAUAUUGUGGGAGUGGAGAAGGGCACAAAUUCGCGUAUUAAACGCCAGAGUUCUGGACGAACUUCACUUUGUCAGACAACAUCCCAAUUUAUUACACCUCAAGCAGCUCUAAAUAGUAAAGGAAACUGGAUGUUUGUGGUAAAUGAAGCCAGUACAGCACGUCAAAUGGUUAAAGCCGAACUAUGCGCGUCGAAUACUUGCAGCAAUCUCUGUCAACUUCCCAAUGGUUACAAUUCUCGUUGUGAACAGAAAUUUGUGCAGAAACGCUUGAUUGCAUUGCAGGGCAACGGACAGAAUCUUUACACCGACACAUUUUGGUUCCCCAGUUGCUGUGUUUGCACAAUAUCCGCUAAUUAGAAUCUAAUGUACAUUUUUAUUAAUUAUUUCCAUUUUGUCAUACAAUCCUUAAACAAUUCGAUUACCUACUAUAUUCAUUACUUUUAAAACUAAUAAG